UGAUGCUGUGAAUAUUACUCACAUUAUCGAUAACUUGAGAGGGGGAGGGAACACGUCGCCGUGCGGAGAGAAGCUGCUGCUAACGGGCGGAGUUCGGACGCCUCUACGUUUCUUCGACGAGCUGGCGGGUCUUCAUCCCUUCCUGCCUAACAUCCUCCUCAGGGGCUUCACACACUCCGUCAUCGUCGCUCUCUCUGUCUGCACAACAGCUGCGUCAGACCGGCCCGACUCCUUUCAUCAGAAAGCACAAGCAGCCAAAGCCAAUGGUAAACAGCACGGCGCGGAGGUCUUAGAGCCGCAUAUCCUGGAGAGUCGCUGCGCCGCCUUCCAGUAUCGGGCCAAGAAGUAUUCAGCGCAAGGCGAAGGUCCUCGACACGGAGCCUCAAAGCUAGCGAUGCCCGGAUCCACGCCAGCCAGCAGCAAGGCUCGGGUGUACACCGAUGUCAACACACAGAAGAACAGAGAAUACUGGGACUAUGAUGCACAUGUGCCAAACUGGAGCAAUCAAGACAACUAUCAGUUGGUGCGUAAACUGGGUAGAGGGAAGUACAGCGAAGUAUUUGAGGCCAUAAAUGUGACCAACAACGAGAAAGUGGUGGUGAAAAUCCUCAAGCCCGUCAAGAAGAAGAAGAUCAAACGUGAAAUUAAGAUUCUUGAAAACUUGCGCGGAGGAACCAACAUCAUCCGUCUGGUGGACACCGUCAAAGACCCGGUGUCCAGAACACCAGCGCUUGUCUUUGAGUGCAUCAAUAACACAGAUUUUAAGGAGCUUUACCAGAAACUGACAGACUACGAUAUCCGUUACUAUAUGUAUGAGCUUCUCAAGGCUCUGGACUACUGUCACAGUAUGGGGAUCAUGCACAGGGACGUGAAGCCCCACAACGUGAUGAUCGACCAUCAGCUGAGAAAGCUGCGUCUUAUAGAUUGGGGUUUGGCAGAAUUUUACCAUCCCGCUCAGGAAUACAACGUCAGGGUGGCCUCUCGCUAUUUCAAAGGCCCGGAGCUGCUAGUGGACUAUCAGAUGUAUGACUAUAGUUUGGACAUGUGGAGUCUAGGCUGUAUGUUGGCCAGCAUGAUCUUUCUGAAGGAACCGUUUUUUCAUGGCCAGGACAACUACGACCAGCUGGUCCGCAUCGCUAAGGUCCUGGGCACCGACGAGCUCUUCGGCUACCUGCACAAAUAUCACAUAGAACUGGACACUCGUUUCAAAGACCUGCUGGGACAACAAACACGGAAGCGUUGGGAGCAGUUCAUCCAGACGGAGAACCAGCACCUGGUGAGUCCGGAGGCUCUGGACCUGCUGGACAAGCUGCUGCGUUACGACCACCAGCAGAGGCUGACGGCGGCGGAGGCCAUGCAGCACCCGUACUUCUAUCCUGUGGUGAAGGAACACGCGAACGCCAAUACAGACGGCACAAAGGCAAUAAGCAGCUCGAACGCGACAUGAUAACCAGAGAG